UAUAAUCAACAUUAUUAGAUUCUAAUUAAAAAGUUUUCCUAAGUUGUCUGCUUAUUUCCAUAUUUGUGUUUCUUGUGCUUACCUAAUUCGCUCAAGAAUUUUAUUUCAAGUUCGUCGUCUGUUUAUUGUAUUUUUUGUAAGUAGGCGAAUUGAUAUCAAUUGAGACGGCACAUUGAACAGUAUACCAAAAACAAUCCAUAGACAUUCAUAAUGGAGAAACUGGAUAAAAAAAAUAUUAUAGAUGUGAAGCAAGAGUCCCUUGAUUUAAAGUUAGAUAUUGAAAACAAAUUGCAAGGAGCAAAUGUAGAUAUUAAACCUGAUACAAAACAAAAGUUAGAUUACGAGAAAUAUCCAGAAUAUAAAACAGACAGAAAUAUUGAGCAAAAAAAUGAUCUAGAUGGAGCAGAAGCUCUGAAGACUGAGUAUGUUGUUACUGAGAAAAUAGACCAAGAUACAUUUUACGAACAGGAAAAGGAUAAUUUAGAAAAUUUAUAUGAGAGUCAUGAAGUUAAAGAGGGGUUGGUUUUAGGACCCACAGCUGUAGGGACAGCCUCUGGAACUACUGAUUACACAGAUUUUAAAACUGUUUCUGAAUCUGAAGAUGUACUUAAUGAAAAACAAUUAGAUGCAGUUCAAAAUUCUAUUCGCCAGGUAAGAAUAGUAGUAUCCGAUGGAAUAUACUUAUGCGAUAUAUGUAACAAGGCAUUCGUGUCACACAAGACACUAGUAUCUCACAUGUUAAUUCAUAGUAGCCAAAACCCAUGUUCAUUUGAAGUGUGUAAAGAGGACUGUGUAACAAAAUCACAUCUGAAAGAUGAGAAAGAUGAUAUAAAUUUUAACAUUAGUAAUAAGACAUACAAUUGUGAUAAGUGUAAAAAAUGUUAUUCCACAAAAAGAACAUUAACUGCACACAUGCGUGUACACAGCGCAAAGAACAUGUGUGACGUGUGUAAAAAAUGUUUCAAUUCAAAAUCAUAUUUGAGCACUCACAUGCAAAUUCAUACUGGCGAAAGGCGAUACAGUUGUAGCGUAUGUCAAAAACGCUUUUUGACAGGCCCGUCCUUGAGAAUUCACAUGUAUAAUCACACUGACAAUAAACCCUACGGCUGUGACGUGUGUAAAAAAAAAUUCCCUAUAAAAUCAGAAAUAAUAAGACACAUGCGUGUUCAUACUGGUGAAAAGCCUUACAGUUGUGACGAUUGUAGAAAAUGUUUCAGUACAAUAUCAUUCUUGAAGAGACAUAAAAACACUCAUACUGGUGAAAAACCAUAUAAAUGUGACGUGUGUAAAAAGUGUUUCAGUAGUAAUUCGUAUUUGAAAGGUCACAUGCCUAUUCAUACUGCUGAAAAUUUAUACACUUGUGACGUGUGUAAAAAGUGUUUCAGUUCUGAUUUGUAUUUGAGAACACACAAGCUUAUUCACACGGGUGAAAAACCAUAUAGUUGUGAACUGUGCCAAAAACGUUUCUAUACUGGAUCACUUUUGAAAAGUCACAUAUAUAUUCAUACUGGAGGAAAGCCGUAUAGUUACUGUUGUGACUUGUGUAAAAAAUCUUAUGAUAUAAAAUCAAGGCUAAUAAAUCAUAUGCGUAUUCAUACUGGUGAAAAACCAUAUAGAUGUGAUCUGUGUAAAAAAUGUUAUAUUCUACGACAAUCUUUGAAAAGGCACAUGCUUGUUCAUUUUGGUUAUAGGUACAGAUGUGAUGUUUGUAAUAAGAGUUACUCGAGAAAAGAAUCGUUGAAUAUACAUAUGCGUAUUCAUUAUGCUAAAAAUCUAUACACAUGUGAGCAGUGUAAAAAAUGUUUUACAACAGGAGCGGCUUUAAAAAAACAUAUUUUAUUUCAUACUGGUGAAAAGCCCUAUAAUUGUGAUGUGUGUAAGAAAAGUUUCCGUUACAAUUCAAAUUUGCGAAUACAUAUGAAUAUCCAUUCGCGGGAAAAACGGUAUGUUUGUGAUGUAUGUAAAAAAUGUUUUUUUACAAAAUCAUCUAUGAGCUCACACAUUCUCAUUCAUAGUACUAAAAAGAAUUACAUUUGUGAAGUGUGUAAAAAGGGGUUUACGCUACGAUCAGCUUACAACGCGCACAUCUUUAUUCAUACUGGUGCGAAGCCAUACGGUUGUGAUGUUUGUAAAAAAUAUUUUAAUAAGAAUGCGUCGUUGCAAAGACACAAAUUAAUUCAUUUUGGUGAAAAGUAUAGUUGUGACAUAUGUAAAAAGGAUUACUCUAGAAAAGAUAUGUUGAAUAAUCACAUGCGUAUUCAUAUUGACGAAAAUUGUUAUAGUUGUGAUAUUUGUAAAAAACGUUUCAGUACCAAUGCAUAUUUGAAAACUCACAUGUUUAUACAUACUGGUAAGCCGUAUACAUGUGAUGUCUGUCAAAAAUACUUUAUAACAAGGUCUGCUUUGAAAAUUCAUAUAAUUAAACAUACUGAUGAUAAGCCAUAUGGUUGUGACACAUGUAAAAGAUGUUUUGGUGUAAAAUCAGAUUUAAAGAAACACAUGCGUAUUCAUACUGGUGAAAAGCCAUACAGCUGUGAUGUGUGUAAAAAAAGUUAUUCUUUAAGAAACAGCUUAAAAAUACACAUGUUCAAUCAUACUGGCGAUAAGCCAUACUGUUGUGAUUUGUGUAAAAAAUAUUAUGCAACAAAAUCAUUGAUAAAUAAGCAUAUGCGUAGUCAUCUUAGUGAAAAGCCUUACAAAUGUUACGUUUGUACAAAAAGAUUUUCUUCUGGAUCAAGUUUAAAAAAACACGUACAAAUUCAUACUGAUAGAAACCGACAUAGUUGUAAUGUGUGUAAAAAAAGUUUCAGUACAGAUUCGUAUUUGAAAUAUCACAUGCGUAUUCAUACUGCUGAAAGUCCUUACAAUUGCGGGGUGUGUAAAAAAUAUUUUGCUACCAGACAAGCUAUGAGAAUGCACAUGUACAAACAUACUGAUGAUAAGCCAUACGUAUGCGAUGUGUGUGAUAAGAGUUUCACUGUAAUUACGAAUUUGAAAAAUCACAUGCGUACUCAUACUGGUGAAAAACCUUACACAUGUCACGUGUGUAAAAAAAGUUACACAUUAAAAUCAAGUUUGAAAGUGCACAUGUUUGAUCACACUGAUGAUAAACCACACGGUUGUUAUCUGUGUAAAAAAUGUUUUGGCAAUAAAACAUUGUUAAAUAAACACAUGCGCAAUCACACAGAGAAGCCAUAUUGUUGUGAUGUGUGCAAAAGAUGUUACAGCGUCAAAAGUCGCUUUAUAUUGCAUGUGCGUAUGCAUUUGUUAAAAGAUAAGAAGCACUAGUAUAUUAUACAUGCGCAAUCACAUAGAGAAGCCAUAUUGUUGUGAUGUGUGCAAAAGAUGUUACAGCGUCAAAAGUCGCUUUAUAUUGCAUGUGCGUAUGCAUUUGUUAAAAGAUAAGAAGCACUAGUAUAUUAUACAUGCGCAAUCACACAGAGAAGCCAUAUUGUUGUGAUGUGUGCAAAAGAUGUUACAGCGUCAAAAGUCGCUUUAUAUUGCAUGUGCGUAUGCAUUUGUUAAAAGAUAAGAAGCACUAGUAUAUUAUACAUGCGCAAUCACAUAGAGAAGCCAUAUUGUUGUGAUGUGUGCAAAAGAUGUUACAGCGUCAAAAGUCGCUUUAUAUUGCAUGUGCGUAUGCAUUUGUUAAAAGAUAAGAAGCACUAGUAUAUUAUACUUAGCUGUGACUAUAGGCUGGAUUAUGGUGGUGUUUAAUUCAACAAUAUUUAAAUAUUUAUAUCUUUUUUUUUAUCCCCGUUUGUUUAUAUUAAAUAGUGUUAUUGUUUAAUUUAUUAAGAAAAGGGAAAAAAUAUUAUUAUGAUUCAAGCAUCUUAAAGAUUAUAUUCUUUAUUGCACUUGAACAAUAGAUACAACGGUUAGUAUAUCAACUUGUUAGCAAGUAUGGGCUCAUCUCUAAAAGAGAUCUCUUCCAGCCAACCCAGUGUAGUUAGAGAGAGAAAAAAAAUAAUUGGCUAGAUUACCCAUCUAGUGCAGGAAAGGUACAGGUAAAGAUAAUGUAAAUACAACAAAUAUACAUAAAUUGUAAAUAAAUAAAUAUAUAUGUAUGUACAUAUACAUAUGUAUAAGUGCAUAUUGUAGUAUAAAAUCUCGCCGCUGAAUUCUGCAGGCAUAAAACUUUUUAAUGAAAUGGUUUAAAUGAAAGAUGAACGAAAACAUACAAUACAAUGCACCUGAGUUGUCUGCUCUCAGUUAGUCACAACCAGGUUGCUAGUUGACAACUCUUAUUUGCGAGUAUUUUUUUUAGGACAUGGCAGUGAAUUUACAGGGUACAGAGGAAUAACAUCCGAGUUCUCAGGGAUAGCAAUGCAUGGGGGGUAUCAUGGGCGAAACUACACUCUGUUACGUCCAUGGUACUGCUCAUGUCUAUAGGCGACGGUUACCAGUUUCCACCAGGUGGGUGGUCAGCUUGUUUGCUAUUCCAAGUUGCAUAAAAAAGGCAACCCUUAUGUUGUUGUAAAGAAAAAAAAAAGAAUAAAUUUUCGUUUAACGUACAUAGGUUUUAAUAAAAAAAAAAUAAUUCCCUGUAAUUACAACAUAAUCAUUAUCUAAAAUAAAACUUUAAAUACUGGUAACCAUUCUUUCAUAGAAAAAAAAAAAAAACAAAUUCCUAGAAAAAAACUUCCAUUUGGUGUAAAUUUUACUAAAAAAGCAUCGUGAAGUAACCAAAUUUACUAAAAUGGUUAUCUAUUUUCAUUUUCACCUUUCAUCUAUCACUUAAAUUAAUUCUUAUUAAAAAGUUUCAUUUAAAUUCAGCGGCGGAAUCUUAGCCUAUUGUGUUUAUUAAAAAAAAAGUUUGUCACAAUUAUGACCAAGGAUUUCGCAAUAGAAUACAUGGAAUGCAUAAUUCAAAUAGUGUGUUACUCGUUGUAUUUAUGACAUUGCCAAUGCGUUAGAGAGGGAUAGAUAUAUAAAAACGCAUCUGCCUUUUGACUAGCCCGUAGAAGUCAAAUUCAUCAAGAUACAUAUGCCACUUGCUUUUAUUGGCCGUAUAACCCUACCAAAUGCAGAUACAACCUACUUGCAUACUUUCUACAUUAACUGUGUCGAGUAUAUAAUCUAGUAAUGUAAAAUUUGUUAAUGACAAAUAAUUGACAUAUCAAACAUUUUCUAUACACUAGCUCGCUAUGAAUCGAGAAAAAUAGCAACUUAUGGUGUAUCUGUUGUCCUCUUUUUACUAAUUAUAUUUGCAUAAGAAGAAAGGAGGCAACCAUAUGAUUUACAGUUUUUAUUUUAUCAUUCCUUCUAUGUAAUUCCUUGUUCUUAGGUUAUGACCGGAUUAUUUUUUUUAAGAAUUAUUGUUUUGUUUAAUAGGAGAAAAUAUUAUUUCUUUUUUGUACUAUCAUUUUGCUUU